AUGGCGCCGUCACAUUCGCCGGCCGCCACCACCACUUCGUUCCUCGUGGGUAAUCUCCACUGUCCUACCUGUGUCUCCGCGAUACAGGAUGCUCUAAAAGGCCUGCAAGGCAUCCGAUGGGUGUCACCAAACGUUGUUACUUCUUGGAUUACCGUAGAACACGAGCCGGGCGCAUCCAUCAUGCAGAUGGCAUCCAGGUUGGAAGAGGCAGGCUUUGAGCUAUCCAGCAUCAACUCGGCAGAUGGCGAGGUUGACAUGGAGAACUACAUGGGCGGCGAUACCGCCAACCUCGUCGGCGGCAGACAACCCACUAGUUCGGCAGACGUCGGCCAGCUAGACGGCACUGUGGAUUACAUCUCCAAGAAAUACGGCAAGCUCACGCCUGUGCGGGCCUCCGCUGCGAAGGCUGAACAUGCCAAAACCCACCUCAACAAUUGCAAGCAAUGCCAGACCACAGCAUCUAACCCCUACAGUUCCUGUAUCAACGGGGCGUUGGUUACGAGUCACGGCAGAACCAGUGAGCAGGACACUGUCGAUAAGAACGCCGACGGUGGUAUGAUCGUGUCUACCAGUUCGCUCGCCACUGUUGACAAUGAACAACCAAUAUCGCCCUCGCCAAAGCGUUCGUGGCGAGCUUCGUUAGCCGUUGGUGGUAUGACAUGCGCCGCUUGCUCAAACACCAUUCAAGAUGAGCUCAGCAAGAGAGAUUGGAUCACCAAGAUCACCGUCAACCUGAUAUCGAACAGCGCAACCAUCGAGUACGUUGGAGACGAGGGCGACGCCAGCCGUGUUGUUGAAAGCAUCGAAGAUCUUGGGUAUGAAGCCAAUAUCGAUCAAGUCGUCAGCCUCGACGAUGAAGUAAAAUCAACCAAGCAUGAGAGAACGGUCGAAAUCUCCAUCGAUGGUUUCUACUGCCAACACUGUGCUCAACGAACAGCGAAGAGCCUCGCCGUCUUCGGUCACAAAUUGAGUGUGGUCAACCAACCCACCCAGCAGAGGCCUAUCAUCAAGGUCACAUACAUCCCUGAGGUACCAACAUUCACGGUUCGCACGAUACUAGCAGCAAUUGACGCGAGCGAUCCAGCAUUCAAGGCGUCUAUCUACCAUCCACCAACAUUGGAGGAACGAUCGAAGCGCAUGCAUGCGCAACACCAGAAACAGAUUCUCUUUCGAGUAAUCCUCACGUUCAUCAUCGCCACACCAACUUUCAUCAUAGGCAUUGUCUAUAUGAGCCUCCUCUCUGACCACGGUCCAGGGAAGAUGUUUCUCAUGGCACCAUGGGCAUCCGGUAUCAGUCGCGCACAAAUUGCACUUUUCAUCAUGGCUACACCCGUAUACUUCUUCGCAGCAGACAUUUUCCACCGGCGCGCAGUGAAGGAGAUAAAAUCCCUAUGGAGGCCCGGUAGCCGCACACCCAUCCUACAGCGGUUCUAUCGCUUCGGAAGCAUGAACAUGCUCAUGUCUCUGGGCACGACAGUCGCAUACGUAUCCUCCGUGAGUCAGAUGAUAGCCGCCGCUGCGGAUCGUUCUCAGCAAGUCAAAGACUCGAACUUUUACUUCGACUCGGUGGUCUUUCUGACUCUGUUCCUACUUGUGGGUCGGCUCAUUGAGGCCUACAGCAAGUCCAAGACGGGGAGUGCCGUCGAAGCGCUUGGUAAACUGCGACCAACGACAGCCAUUCUGGUCCAGAAGGGUGCGGAUAAAAAUUCCACAGACAGUGUCGUUCAGACUGACUUGUUGGAGUUUGGCGACACUGUCCGUAUUCCCCACGGUUCUUCUCCCCCUUGUGAUGGGCGAAUCAUCCAUGGUGAGACCGUGUUCGACGAGUCAAGUUUGACCGGUGAAUCCCGCCCCAUCAAGAAGCGCGUGGGUGACGAGGUGUACUCUGGGACUGUCAACAUGAGUUCCCCAAUCUUGGUCCGCAUCACGGGCGUCGCAGGCCAGUCGAUGCUUGAUAAAAUUGUCAACGUCGUUCGCGAAGGCCAGACCAAGCGCGCACCCGUGGAAAAAGUCGCCGACUUGCUCACAGCUUAUUUCGUGCCAGUUGUCACAUUGAUCGCUAUCCUCACGUGGAUUAUUUGGCUGUCCGCUGGCCUGUCUGGUGCAGUUCCAGGACAUUUCCUUGAGUCAUCUGGAGGAUGGGUCGCAUUCUCGCUACAAUUUGCCAUUGCGGUGUUCGUCGUCGCAUGUCCCUGUGGUCUGGCCCUGGCUGCCCCGACAGCGAUUUUCGUCGGCGGCGGGUUAGCAGCGAAACACGGUAUUCUCGUCAAAGGCGGUGGAGAGGCUUUUGAGAAAGCCAGCCGCAUCGACUGUGUCGUCUUCGAUAAGACUGGCACUCUGACUACGGGCGGCGAGCCUAGUAUCACUGAUUCGAUGAUCUUCCCAGGCCAAGACGUCAAUGCAGAACAGCGUAGCAGGCUACUGUCUGCGCUUCGGGCCGUUGAAGAGAACAGUAGCCACCCCAUUGCAAAAGCCAUCGUCUCCUUCUGCAGCGCCCAGACGCCGGAACGAAUCACAGUCACUGAAGUCAUGGAAAUACCCGGGAAGGGUCUCAAGGCCACCUGCAGUGACGGCUCCCCUGGCCAAGGUUUCGAUAUCAUUGUUGGAAACGAAGCUCUCAUGAAGGACUUUACCGUGCCCAUACCCUCAGCAGUCGCUUCAUCUCUACAGACCUGGAAGACGGAAGCCAAGUCCGUUGUCCUCGUUGCCACCAAAUCGACCUCGCCAUCCGGCACACCCUCUUUCUAUACCGUAGCCGCCGCCCUGUCGGUAUCUGACCCCAUACGCCCGGAGACAUCUUCCGUAAUUCAAGCCCUGCGAGCCAAGGGAACAGAUGUGUGGAUGCUCUCGGGCGACAAUAUCGUCACCGCGCGCGCCGUCGCUCUCCGCGUCGGCAUCCCCGAAACCAACGUCAUCGCGGAGGUACUGCCUACGCAGAAGUACGAUAAAAUCACGUACCUGCAGUCGACGCUCAAAGCGCGUCGCGGCCGCGGCUCCAACGCGACCGAAGACCCGGGCGGCCGCCGCGCCACCAUUGCCAUGGUCGGCGACGGCAUCAACGACGCGCCCGCGCUCAGCACGGCCGACGUCGGCAUCGCCAUCGGCUCGGGCAGCGACGUGGCCAUCUCGAGCGCCGACUUCGUGCUCGUCAACAGCAACCUGGGCUCCGUGGUCACGCUGCUCGACCUCAGCGCCAGCGUGUUCCGGCGCAUCAAGUUCAACUUUGCAUGGGCGCUCGUUUAUAAUCUUGUCGCGCUGCCCGUCGCCGCCGGCUGUCUUUAUCCUAUAGUGGUGCGCGGCGAGCAUGUGCGGUUGGAUCCUGUGUGGGCUAGCCUGGCUAUGGCGCUGAGUUCUGUCAGUGUCGUGCUGAGCAGUCUGGCGCUAAGGACGCGGGUGCCUUGGUUGGGGUUUCGGGUUAGGAGUGUGAAGGGGGUGGAGUGA